GUUCAGUGACUGAGAGGGCUGAGCGGAGGCUGCUGAAGGGGAGAAAGGAGUGAGGAGCUGCUGGGGAGAGAGGGACUGUCUGGCUCCCAGAUGCUGGGCCUCCUGGGGAGCACGGCCCUCGUGGGAUGGAUCACAGGCGCUGCUGUGGCGGUUCUGCUGCUACUGUUGCUGCUGGCCACUUGCCUUUUCCAUGGACGGCGGGACUGUGACGUGGAGAGGAACCGUAUAGCUGCAGGGGGAAACCGAGUCCGCCGGGCCCAGCCUUGGCCCUUCCGGCGGGGGGGCCACCUGGGAAUCUUCUACCAUCACCAUCAUCCUGGCCACGUAUCUCACGUGCUGAAUGUGGGCCUCCACCACCACCACCCCCGCCACACCCCUCACCACCUCCACCACCACCACCACCACCACCACCACCACCCCCACCGCCACCACCCCCGCCACGCUCGCUGAGGCUGCUGCCGCCGGAGCCUAUGGACAGCUGCUGCCCCUGCCCUGCCAUCCGUUCCCAGGACAAGUGGACCCCACGUUUCCAUGUGGAAGGAUGCGACUCUGGGGUGAAUGAGGGGAACAAUGGCCUGGGGCUUGCUCUGGCUGCAUUUGCAUGCUAUGCCCCAGUGUACUAUGGCAGCAGAGAACAGAAGAACACUGAGGCCUGAAGUGCUGAAGGGUUUGGGGAGUGGAGAGUAAGGGUGCUCUUUUGGGGCUGGACAGCCCACCUUGUGACUGUAACUACCAGUGAGCCCAAGAAGUGACAAGGGUGUCUUGGCAGAGCCAGCACACAAGUGGAUGUGAAGUGCCCAUCUUGACCUCCUCAUCAGGCCGCUGAAAGGCCUCUGGCAGGCGGGGCACUGGGAGAGGCCCUGAGAAUGUCCUUUUGGUUUGGAGAAGGCAGUACGAGGCUGCACAGUCAAUUCAUCGGUGCCUUAGUCCAAGAAAAUAAAAACCACUAAGAAGCUUU